AGUUUUACUGAAUGAGGGAAGACAGACUGAAGCUUAGGAAAAAACCAGGAAACUGUCAAUGCAACAGUACUGUCAAAGGCAGAAUGGGCAAGAUUUUCAGAAAAUGGUUUGCUAGUAUGUUUCAUGGGGUCAUCGUUUUUUCUAGCAUUACAUAAUGAAGAUGGAUUUCUCACCUAGAUUUCAGUGGCCUUGGGUCUCUACUUCCCCAGGAAGGAGUACUUGGAGAAUGUCUACAUUGACGAGCCAGCAGGAAUGCCGCUUCUGCGCAUCCAUGCCUUGAAGGAUUCACACGAGGAAGAGGCGCACUUCCAUCUGUGCCAGAACCUCAUCAUUUCUCGAGCAAGAUCACAUGAAAAUAAUUGGUUCCGAAUCAGAGAAAAAACAGGACGUCUCUACCUCAGCAAAAGCCUGGAUAGAGAGGACUUUAACAUGCUCUCUGUAGGAAAUUGGAUGCCAUUAUCCAAGGUGAUGCUGUAUGUCUUCCUUUCAUCCCACCCUUUCCAAGAGAAGGAAUGUGACUCCGCUACACGCACCACGGUUUUCCUCUCUUUGAUCAAUGCGACUGCACCAGCUUGCAGUUCCCUGACAGCAAGGCAGCUUUGCUUCACAGAAAUGGAUCUCUCCUUUCACAUCAAGGAGAAUAAACCACCUGGUACAUUUCAUCAGCUCCAGUUACCCUCAGUUCAUCAUCUGUGUCAGAAUCUCAGCAUUUCCUACAAAUUGCUUGCAGCUGAAGGCGUUCCCUUUCGGUACAACGAGAACACCACCAGCGUGCAGGUGACACAGCGCCUGGAUCGGGAGGAGAGGGAGAGAUACGAGCUCAUUGCCAAGUGCACCGUCAGAGAGGGAUUCCGGGAAAUGCAGGUCGAGGUGCCUUUCCUGGUGAACGUGUUAGAUGAAGAUGACUCUCCUCCCUUCCUUCCCAACGGCACCGAUACCGCAGAUGCUGUCGUGGAGUUCAACAGGAAAGAGGGCACUGUUCUUUCCACGCUGACCGUGUACGAUGCAGACACCACACCUAUUUAUCCCCUUGAAAGCAGCAGAAAGAAAUACACAGGAACCAUCAUUACUGACGAUCCCUGGAUAAGUGAAACAUUUCGCAUAGAGCACAUCUUUGAUGAAAUCCACUUCAGCCCAAAUGGCAGCCAAGUGAGGGGAACUCGGCACGAGUACAAGCUGGUACUGAAUAAAAGCAUUUCAGUCACAGAGCAUCGUUCCUUCCAGCUGGAUGUUUUGGUGAAUGACACAGAAUUUCAGGGCCCAGAAAGAUCGGUGAUGCUUCAUUUCAAUGUCUCCAUCCUCCCUGUCAGCAUUCAGUUUUCCAACAUAACUUACCAGUUCACAGUGAACAGAAAUGCUGAACGCUUUGCACAAAUAGGAAAGAUCUGCAUUGAAAACUGCAUGAAAUUCCGUGGUGUAAACAUCACCUACAAGCUGCUGUCCCCCAACGCCAGCUGCUAUCCUGUCAGCAUUCUGCAAGGCCGAGAGGACAAAUACGGGAGCCUCUACGUGAACGAUUCCACUGUGCUGCGCAGACCCGAAUGCAAGGAAAUACAAUACACUGUUCAAGCUACAGACAAGCAGAGCAGGAAACACACCAAAACCCUCCUCACUGUUGUCCUGGAAGGGACUUUGUUAAAAAAAGAAGAGGACUGCCCUGACUCUUGUGCUAUAAGUAAGCACCGUGCUGAAUGUGAAGAGUGUGGCGGCCUGGGAGUGCUAACAGGAAGAUGCCAGUGGAGACAGGGGAGUGGGAAAGGGAUCACCACAAACUAUUCCACGUGCACCCCGAGCAUCAAGACUUGUCCGGAUGGCGUCUGUGACGUGGUGGAGGGCAGAGACCCGGCUGUGUGCCCCCAAGACUGCACAAGUGGAAACAUUAUUGGUGGCCACGGGAAGGGCAUUGGAAAUCUUGGAAUUAAGUCAGGACAUGGGAUUUGUUACUGCUUCCCAAGACAGAACUGUUAUUGUGAGAAAGAUGAUAUCAAAGAGCAACUGUGCGAUGACGUGUGCAAGACUGUGAUCACCGGGGCAGUGGUGCUGUGCUUCGUCAUCUCCGUGCUGGUUUCCUUCUACUGCAUCCACCGUUACCACAAGAAUUCCCCGAAGCCGCCCAUCGCCUCUGCGGAAAUGACGUUCCGGCGCCCGGCGCAGCCCUACCCCAUCAGCUACUCUUCCAGCAACGUCCGCCGGCCUUCCCUGGAUUCCAUGGAGAACCAGGUGUCUGUAGACACCUUUAAAAUCCCAGAAGAUCCAAAGUGGGAAUUCCCUCGGAAGAACCUAGUUCUGGGCAAGACUCUUGGAGAAGGAGAAUUCGGAAAGGUCGUCAAGGCAACAGCGUUCCGACUCAAGGGAAGGGCUGGCUAUACUACUGUGGCAGUGAAAAUGUUAAAAGAAAAUGCUUCCCAGAGUGAGCUGCGAGAUCUCCUGUCGGAGUUCAACCUUUUGAAACAAGUCAACCACCCUCAUGUCAUCAAACUUUAUGGAGCCUGCAGUCAAGAUGGCCCGCUGUAUUUAAUAGUGGAAUACGCCAAGUACGGCUCCUUGCGCAGUUUCCUCAGGGAAAGUCGAAAAGUAGGCCCGAGCUACGUGGGCAGUGACGGCAACAGAAAUUCCAGUUAUUUGGAUAACCCUGAUGAGAGAGCCCUAACGAUGGGAGACCUGAUCUCGUUUGCGUGGCAGAUAUCCCGAGGGAUGCAGUACCUUGCAGAGAUGAAGCUUGUGCAUCGGGAUUUAGCAGCCAGGAACGUGCUGGUGGCAGAAGGGCGCAAAAUGAAGAUUUCCGAUUUUGGCCUCUCACGUGAUGUGUACGAAGAAGAUUCGUAUGUAAAGAGGAGCAAGGGUCGAAUCCCUGUGAAAUGGAUGGCUAUAGAGUCCCUGUUUGACCAUAUCUACACAACACAAAGUGACGUAUGGUCAUUUGGAGUUCUGCUAUGGGAAAUUGUUACAUUAGGAGGCAAUCCUUACCCAGGUAUUGCUCCUGAAAGACUCUUUAACCUCCUAAAAACAGGCUAUAGAAUGGAGAGACCCGAAAACUGCAGUGAAGAAAUGUACAGCCUCAUGUUGCGCUGUUGGAAGCAAGAGCCCGAUAAAAGACCAACAUUUACUGAGAUCAGCAAGGAACUAGAGAAAAUGAUGGUGAAGAGUAGGGACUACUUAGACCUCGCAGCUUCCACACCCUCCGAUUCCUUACUGUACGAUGACGGGCUCUCAGAAGAGGAGACACCUCUCGUGGACUGUAAUAAUGCUCCCCUCCCUCGAACCCUCCCUUCCACAUGGAUUGAAAACAAACUCUAUGGCAUGUCAUACCCGAACUGGCCUGAGGAGAGCCCCGUUCCACUCACAAGAUUCGAUGGCACUAACUCUGUGUUUUCAAGAUAUGCAAAUGAUAGUGUAUAUGCUAACUGGAUGGUUUCACACUCAGCGGCAAAAUUUAUGGACAAGUUUGAUAGCUAAAAUUUUCUUUGUGAAAGGUAAAGGACUCCUGAGGAAAACAAGGAGGCAAAGAGUGGGAAGUCCAUUGGCUUGUUCUUUGUACAAUCAACAACUAACUUUUAAAUUGGCAAUUCCCUUUAUUGGUAGUUUUUAAAGUGUGUUACUUAUGAAGGCUAUAAUUGGUACUCCCCCCUUUCAGAAAACAUAUCAAGCUGGGUAAGAGUUGUAGUUCUGGUACUUCUUUCUAAGUUGCCAGUUUGCAUAUGGCUCCAUUUGGCAACUUCUUAGUGCAAAUGGCUUUGCACUUCAUCCUCUGUGGUUUUUAGACUAACCAUCCUGUGUUACAGCGUCCUGGGAUGGUAAAAUGUACUUGAACUGCUACUUUUAUAGUGGCUGUUAGCAUACAACCACUUGAUCUAAGCAGGAAGCACAAACAAUAUAUAGAAGGGAGGAGGGAAACAGGCUCCCAGAUUACUGAGCUUGCUGUCAAAUGACAAGUGUUAGAAUGAUGUUGGCACUGACAAGGCCAAUAUCUUGGUUUGGAAGCAAACAUUUAGUAACUCAGUAGAGGACUUGAGAUUCAACAUUUGAAGUCUUGUAAAAUGUAUUGUCUUGUCUUAAUGAGAAGAGAAUUUGUUUUAUUAGUUUUAACUUCUCUUACCUUUAGCACAAUGGAGAUAAAUUUGAUACAAGAUAAACUGUAUAGACUGAUGGCAAUCAAGAGUGUUCGUCUGACACAUUUACUUUCCAUCACCAACAUACUAGUAAUGUUAAAUCAUAGUUAUACAGUCAUAGUUUCUUUUAUGAGUUAAAAAUAGGCUAUACAAGAUUUUUUGACUGAAUUCAUAGAAUAGAAUAGUAACAUCAUAGAAUGGUUUGUAUUGGAAGGGAACUUGGAGGUCAUCUAAUUCCAACACCCAGCCUCCCUGCCUGCUCUUCCACUGUGGGCCAGGGGCACCUUUCACUAAACCAGGUUGCUCAAAUUCCCAUCCAACCUAGACUCGAACACUGCCAGGGAUGUGGCAUCCACAACUUCUCUGGGCAACCUGUUCCUGUACCUCACCACCUUCACAGUAAAGAAUUUCUUCUAAAUAUCUAACCCUGUAGAAACUUCCCUUUCCAGCUUUCCUGUAGGCUCCCUUUAGAUACUGAAAGGCUGCUCUAAGGUCUCCCUAGAGCCUUCUCCAGGCUGAACAGCCCAACUCUCUCAGCCUGUCUUUAUAGGAGAGGUGCUCAGCCCUCUGAUGGUCUUUGUGACCCUCGUCUGGACUCACUGCAACAGGUCCAUGAACUCUUAUUCUGAGGACCCCAGAGCUGAUUGGUGUCACAAGAAUAGAGUAGAUGGGGAGAAGCCCCUCCUUGACCUGCUACCCAUGCUGCUUUUGAUGUAGCCUGGGAUACAGUUGGCUUGUUAGGCUAUAAAAACACAUUGUCUGGUCAUAUUGAGCAUGUCAUCAAUCAACACCCCCAAGUCCAUUUCCCCAGGGCUGCUCUCAAUCCAUUCUCCAGCCAGCCUGUCUCUUUGCUUGGAAUUGCCGUGACCCAGGUGCAGGACCUUUUCUUGGCCCUGUUGAACUUCAUGAGGUUUGUGUGGGCCCACCUCUCAAGCCUUUCAAGGUCCCUGUGGAUGGCAUCCCUUCUCUCCAGUGUGUCAGCUGCACCACACAGCUUGGUGUCAUUGAAAAACUUGCUGAAGGUGCCCUCGAUCCUGCUGUCAGUGUUGCCAACAAAGAUGUCAAACAGUGCCAGUCCCAAUACCACCCCUUAGGAACAGCACUCGUCACUGGUCUCCACCUGGACAUCGAACUGUUGACAGCAACUCUGAGUGUGACCGUCCAGCCAAUUCCAUCUCCACCACCUGGUCCAUCCAUCAAAUCCAUGCCUCUCCAGUUUCAAGACAAAGAUGUCAUCUAUGACAUUGUGUCAAAUGCUCUGCACAAGUCCAGGUAGAUGGCGUCAGUCUUCUCUUUCCCACCAGCACUGUCCUGUCAUAGGGCAAAAUAUGACCCAUAUUUAUAGGGUUUGCCCUUAGUGAUGCCAGUGGGCUGUCACCAGUCACCUUAUUUUCCAUAUUUUGUCAUCAGGCUCCAUGGACUUGUGGGCCCUCAGGUUCCUUAGCUGAUUUGGAACCUGACCUUCCCCUACGGUGGGUGGUUCUUUAUUCUCAGAGUCCCUGCCUAUGCCCCCUCAGCAAAGGCGCUCAUGCAGACUUGGGCCUCAGUGGCUGAAGAACUUGCUGGUGAAGACCAAGGCAAAAAUGUUUUCUCCAUGUCCCAGGUAACCAAGAGUCCCGUUUCUUUCUAGAGGGUUCACAUUUUCACCAGUGUAUCUGUAGAAGGUUUUUUGUUGCCCUUGAUGUCCCUGGCCAGAUAGAAUUCUAUCAGGGCUUUAGCUUUCCUAACCUGGUCCCUGGCUGCUUGGAUAAUUUCUCUGUCUUCCUCUCAGGCUAUCUGUCCUUGCUUUCACCCUUUUUCUGUGGGGGAAGCAUAGGCUUCCUUUUGUGUUUGAGUUUGUCCAGGAGCUCCUUGUUCAUCCAUGCAGGUCUCCUGAUGUCUUUGCCUGACUUCCUCUUUGUUGCAUCGCCCCUAACCUUGCAAGAGGUGAUCCUUGAAUAUUAACCAGCUUUCUUGGAUCACUCUUCCUUUCAGGGCUUUAUACCAUGGUACUCUACCCAGAAGAUCCCUGAAGAGGCCAAGGUGUGCCCUCUUGAUGUCCAGGUUAGUGAGCUUGCUGUGCACCUCCUCACUGGCCUGAGGAGCUUGAAGUCCACCAUUUCAUGGUCACUGCAGCAAAGGCUGCCCUUGAGAUUCACAUUCCUUACCAACCUCUCAUUGGAAAGAACAAGGUCUAGCAUGGCAACUCUCCUCAUUUACUCCUCUGGCACUUGAAGAAGCAAGUUAUCAUGUAUUUGUAUUCCAAGAAUUUCCUGGAUUGCUCAUGUCAUGCUAUGUUGUCCCUCCAGUGGAUAUUGGGGUAGUUGAAGUCCCCCAUGAGGACCAGGGCUUGUGAAUAUGAGGCAGCUCUCCUUCUGUCUGUAGAGGGUCUCAUCUGCUUGGGUUUCAUCUCCUGGUUGGGUGGCCUUAGACCCCCACUGUAAUGUCGCUUGUCCUUGCCCUCCCUUUAAUCCUGACCCAUUAACUCCUCAUCCAACCCCAGUACAGCUCCAAACACUCCAUGUGGUCAUGGACAUAGAAGGCAACACCCCUUUCUCCUGUUCCCUGCCUGUCCUUCCUAGAGGGCCUGUAUCCUUCCACUCCAGCACUCCAGUCAUAGGAGCCAUCCUACCACAUGCCUGAUGCCAAUAAGAUCGCAGCCCUGCAGGUGUGCAGUCUUCUACUGCUCUUGUUUGUCCCCUGUGCUACAUGUAUUUGCAUAAAGGUGUUGAAGUUGGGCCCCUGAUGGAGCAGACUUACUGGCAGGAAUGGCUGGAAUUCCCUCGCGCAGCACUUCAGGUUCUCUCUUGCUGAUUUGCAAUCCCUCUCCAGGCUCUGGGCAUCCCUUGCUGGUGCUGGCAUCAAACGAGUAGGAUUGGAAUGGACUGAGGAUUCCCUCUCCCAGCAACUUCAAUGUAAUAUCUUCCUCACCAGCUUGGCAAGCCUGGGACCAGAGCUGCUCUGCCCAUUCCCUGGCAGAUGGGCCCCCAUCAGACUCCCAUCAGCCCAGGUCUUCAGCGUGAGUCCUCAGGAGCAGCCAGACCCCUGGCUGUGGAACUAGACCCCUAACCAUUUGCUGAUUUGUCAGAUUCACCUGGCUCUUUCAAAGCCGUUCCCUUUGACAGGGAGGCCUGAUGAAAAAGCUGCCAGCACUUGAGUCCCUUGCCACCACUCCCAGUGAUCUUUGAUGUUCUUGCUUCUCCUCAGACCACUCCUGGCUGUGUCCCUGGUGUGCACUUGAAACAGCAGCAGCAGAUAAUGGUCAAGAGACAGUACGAUGCUCUGGUGACACCCCUGCUGCAGCUCUCUGGUUAUCAGUCAGGCUGAUGAGUGAGUCCCUCUGUGCCUCUCAGAGGAGAGUCCCCUGCUGCUCUCACCUGUCACCUUUGCUAGUUGUGCUGGUUGUUACACUGGGAGCAGAUGGGGCUGCCUUACUCGGCUCCAGCCUCACUCCUGAUGUGAUGGGUCCUCCCUCUCCAGCCUGCAGAGUGCUGAAGUGGUUCUGCAGGGGUACCUCAGGCUUUAGGGAAGUCUCUUCCUCCCACAGGUCCUUGCCAUUUCAACUGUCCAUUUUUCUGCCUUACUGACACCCCUCCUCCCUUCUGUGUGUGCAUGGUGGGGGAGUUUUUGUCUCUUUGGCUGUGGGUUUACUGCAGGCUGCCCUUGGAACCAGCCAUCCAACUCCUUCACAGCCUGAAGUUAUGUAGCUUUCUCACCUCCUCCUGCAGCUCUGCCACAGGACAUCCUCUGCCUCAGUACAUCUUUUGCAGAUACUCAAGUACAGAGAUUUUGUUUGCAGUCUUGUUAAGUGGGUUGGAGACCUCCUCUCAGCUCCAAAUUGCAUAUACUGUCAUGCACAGGACACUGUCCUAACAUAAUUCCAAACAAACCUGUUACCUUGAAAGUAGCAAAUAAUAAACAGUUGCAUAACAAAAUUCUCUGCUGUUGAAACUACACAAGGAAAAUGUCACUGGAAUUUGUUAAGAUGAAAUAUAAAAAUGUUGUCCUUACAAAAGUGACUUGAUAUUUGGGAGAACAAUCAGACUGUGAGUCAUGUUCUAUGUGGAAGAGUAAAUGAUCAGCACUACUUUUGUCUUUAUUUGUAAUCCACCAUGGUUAAGGGUAACCUUUCGUUUGCUACAAAUGUUGGGAUGUAAAUCCCGAGUGACUCGUUGUUAGCGUUGUGAUGGUUAUUCCAAAUAAUCCAAUUCUACCAAAGCUUGCUCCUGUCACUUACAGUCCAAUUUAGAUGUUUCAGAUCUGUUUUCAGAUGUUGUUUUGUGUAUCAACUUUAUGUUUCCAUUAAAGUCUAUGAUUUCAGAAA